AUGGAAUCAACAAGAUUUGAUUGCAUUAGCAUGCUUACAUCCAACAAAACUGAUUGGAAAAUCAAAGUUCGUAUGACACGCCUCUGGAAAAGUAUCAACAGUAAAACAGGUGACUUCAAAGGUUAUAACAUGAUACUAUUGGACGAUGAUAAAACCCAUAUUCAUGCUUUUGCCGGAUUAGAAUUUGUCAAUGGGAUAGACGAGGUCCCAGAAGAGGGAAAGAUUUAUGAAACAUCAGAGUUUAAUGUUGCUGAUGCAAAAUACUCUUAUUCACCCGUCAGCAAUAAAAAAGAAAUCUACUUCUUAAAACGCACAAACAUGAAACUGAUUGAGGAGGAGGAUGACAUGAUUCCACAACACAAGUUCGAACUGGUAGCUUUCAAUGCCCUGAAAGAAAAGGUCGGAAAUACAAAAAUCUUAACAGAUCUGAUGGGAUUGGUCGAAAAUAUACUCCCAAUGCAAAGUCGAAACACAGCAACAGGCCCAAAAGAUAUAUUAAUGUUUGACAUUAGUGACGGGAGUGCAAAGGUUAAGGUAACAGUGUGGGCGGAACUAGCACACAAAUUACAGGAAGAACUACAAAAAGCUAAUACUGAGCAAAUUAUUAUCAUUCUUACAAGUUGUGGGAUAACUACGUAUCAGAAACAACUCCAGGCAAGCACACUAUCACCUUCAAAAUUCUAUAUAAAUCCAGACUAUGAUGCAGUGUACCCUCUACGGAAUAGGCUCAAUGGUGUGAAUGAACCGACUGUUGUGGAAGAUACACCUUCAGUGCCAGAUUGCUUAAAGAAGACAAUACCAACUUACAAUUUGAAGCAAAUAACAGACCUCAGAAAUUCAGAUCCUCAAACGUUGGAGGUUAUAUGUCAUGUAUCAGUGUGUGAUGUUGACGCACAGUCCAAAUGGUGGUUCUAUAGCUGUGACUCAUGCCCAGGAGAACUCUCUUUCAUCAAUAAUACAUACAACUGUGAAGAAUGUGCCAAGAUUGUAUCAUAUCCGGACAAAAGAUUCAAGCUUGCAAUGUAUGUUACUGAUCCAACUGAGACAAUUCAAGUUUUUAUGUUCGAUCGUGAGGUCAGGCGUUUGAUAUCAACAACUGUAAACAGCCUCAUUGGUCAAAACCUGAAGGAAGGGAAAGGACAACACUUCCCAGAAAAGUUGAAGGAUAUCAUUGGGAAAACCCUUAAACUCACACUAUCUCUGAACACUAACAACUUGAUUCAUGGAAAAACGGUAUAUUUCGCCUCGGAUGUGUUUGAAGGGGUUGAAACUACCCUAAAUCAAAAUACCACAUCUUCGUCUGAAAUCAAUGCCAUGGUACAAGAUCCACCACUCAAUGUUGAUGUCGUUACAAAGGAUAUGCAACCACCAUCCACUAAACGCACUCGCAACAAUGACGAUGGACAUAACGAGAAGAAAAAAACCUAA